UCCGCCAGAACCCACAGGAGGCCUGCAGAGCUGGGCCAUGGCAUGGUGGUGGCCGCUCCUGCUACAGCUCUGGACAGUCAUGCCCACCUGGCCCGGGGACGAGCUGCUCAACAUCUGCAUGGAUGGCAAACACCACAAGGGAAAGCCCAGCCCGGAAGACAAGCUCUACGAUGAGUGCAUCCCCUGGAAGGACAAUGCCUGCUGCACGUUCAGGACAAGCUGGGAAGCCCACCUAGAUGUGUCUCCACUCUACAACUUCAGCCUGUUUCACUGUGGACUGCUGAUGCCUGGCUGUCGGAAGCACUUCAUCCAGGCCAUCUGCUUCUAUGAGUGCUCCCCAAACCUGGGGCCCUGGAUCCAGCCAGUGGGUAGCCUGGGGUGGGAGGUGGCCCCAAGUGGGCAGAGAGAGCGAGUUGUGAAUGCACCACUGUGCCAGGAGGACUGUGAGGAGUGGUGGGAAGACUGUCGCACGUCUUACACCUGCAAAUCCAACUGGCAUGGCGGCUGGGACUGGAGUCAGGGGAAGAACCGCUGCCCUAAAGGGGCCCAGUGCCUCUCUUUCUCCCAUUACUUCCCCACCCCAGCCGACCUGUGUGAGAAGACUUGGAGCAAUUCCUUCAAGGCCAGCCCUGAGCGACGGAACAGCGGGCGAUGUCUCCAGAAGUGGUUUGAGCCUGCUCAGGGCAACCCCAACGUGGCCGUGGCCCGCCUCUUCGCCAGCCCUGCCCCAUCCUGGGAACUGUCCUACGCCCUCAUUGUCUGCUCCCUGUUGCUGCCGUUCCUUUCCUGAGAGUCCUUCUUCUCCCACCCUUACUUCUGCACUUCCACCAAAUAUGGGUCAGGCCAGGCCACGGCCACCUCUUUCCUCAGGUCCUUCCCACCCAGUCCCCAGCCCAUGCCACUGCUCCUAGGGAAGGGCCUGAGGAAGGAAGUGACCAGUGAGGCUUCAGCGGCUGGUGCCUGAGCCCUGCACAUUUCGUCUGAGGCCCCUUCCACUGCUGUGCUCUGCCUUAGCUGGCCUGGGAGGCAGCUGGGAGCUGGGAGUGCCAA